CUUACCCUAACAUAACUAAGUAACCGCCUCCCUCCUCCACUCAACCAUGGCGGCGUCUGGCGACGGCGACGUCGACAUCGACGGGUGCUGCGGGGGCACGCUGUUCCCAGAGAAGUCGUUCCGGAGCUGGUCGGCGUAUGGGCAGGCGCUGCUGGAGACGGGCCCGCGGCUGCGCGACCGGGUGACGACGCGGUCCAUGGACGACACGGAGGUGAACGAGGUCCGCGGCCGGAGCGGCGCCGACAUGCGGCGGACGCUCACGUGGUGGGACCUCAUCUGGUUCGGCAUCGGCGCCGUCAUCGGCUCCGGCAUCUUCGUGCUCACGGGCCAGGAGGCUAAGAAUGCCGCCGGCCCCGCCGUCGUCGUCUCCUACGCCAUCUCCGGCGUCUGCGCCAUGCUCGCCGUAUUCUGUUACACCGAGUUCGCCGUCGAGAUCCCCGUCGCAGGCGGGUCGUUCGCGUACCUCCGCGUGGAGCUCGGCGACUUCAUGGCGUUCAUCGCGGCGGGCAACAUCCUGCUGGAGUACUGCAUCGGCGGCGCGGCGGUGGCGCGGUCGUGGACGUCGUACUUCGCGACGCUUCUGAACCACCACCCGGACGACUUCCGCGUUCACGCCGCCGCGCUCGCGGAGGGCUACUCGCAGCUGGACCCGAUUGCGGUGGCGGUGACGGCGGUGAUCUGCGCGCUGGCCGUGUUCAGCACCAAGGGCUCGUCGCGCUUCAACUACGUGCUCUCCAUCCUGCACCUCGCCGUCCUCGUCUUCGUGGUCGUGGCGGGGCUGACCAAGGCCAAUGCCGCCAACCUCACCGCCGACUUCGCGCCCUUCGGCGCGCGCGGGGUGUUCGCGGCCGCCGCCGUGCUCUUCUUCGCCUACAUCGGCUUCGACGCCGUGAGCACCAUGGCGGAGGAGACGCGGAACCCCGCUAAGGACAUCCCCGUGGGGCUCAUGGGCGCCAUGACGCUCACCACCAUCAUCUACUGCCUCCUGGCACUCGUUCUCUGCCUCAUGCAGCCCUACACCGAGAUGGACCCCGACGCGCCCUUCAGCGUCGCCUUCACCGCCGUUGGCAUGGACUGGGCCAAGUACAUCGUCGCCUUCGGCGCGCUCAAGGGCAUGACCUCCGUGCUCCUGGUUAGCGCCGUCGGGCAGGCCAGGUACCUGACCCACAUUGCGCGGACGCAUAUGGUGCCGCCGUGCCUCGCGCAGGUGCACCCCAGGUUCGGCACCCCCGUCUACGCCACUAUCGUCAUGAUGGUGGCCACCGCCGUCAUCGCGCUCUUCACCAACCUCACCAUCCUCUCCAACCUGCUCUCCAUCUCCACGCUCUUCAUCUUCUCACUCGUCGCCAUCGCACUCCUCGUCCGCCGCUACUACGUCUCUGGCGAGACGGCGGCCUCGGACCGCAACAGGCUCGUGGCGUGCCUCGCCGUGAUCGUCGCCUCGUCCACGGCCACCGCCGCGUACUGGGGGAUGACGACCUCCGGUGGCGGCGGGUGGGUGGUGUACGUGGUCACUUGCGCCGCGUGGCUCGCCGCCACGGCGUACCUGCAAUGGGGCGUGCCCAAGGCGCGCGCGCCCAAGAUGUGGGGGGUGCCGCUCGUGCCAUGGCUACCGUCGGCGUCCAUCUUCAUCAACAUCUUCUUACUGGGCUCCAUCGACGGCGCCUCCUUCACGCGCUUCUGGAUAUGGACAGCGGCGCUGCUCGUCUACUACUUCUUCGUGGGGCUCCACGCGUCCUACGACACGGCCAAGGCCCUCGCUGUCGAGACCGAGGCAGCACGGGUGGAGGAAGGUGCGCGCAAGCCUACCGCCGCGAACACAGCAGACGGCGGCUGCCGCUUCGGCUAAACUAAACUUAAACUAAGUAGCCUUAGAGCUUAGCUGGUUAAUGAAAUUAUCUGUUAUUACUCUAUCUAUAUAUGAUUAGUCGACGUGCAUGUACAAAGAAAUAUACUGCUAGCUUAA